AUGCAUAGUAGUAGUACUUUCGUUGUCAAUGCUUGGUAUCCUCCAGGACGGCGCUGUGAUGGAGUUGAAGAAGAACACGCAGCGCCGGCGUGCCACAGAGGAGCAUCAGCUCGCGGUCUCCGACGUCGCAGCGUCGAGGUCGUCAUUCGAUCCGACCGAGAGGCCCGCGCCCGGCCGACCCACGCCCCCCAACUCCCACGUAAUUCUUCUAUCCAACAGAACAAAACCACCGCCUCCAACCCGCGCCCACCGCCUCGCCACAUUAACACGCGCCCCUCCCUCCCCGUCGCCGCCAUGCCCGCCGAUGCCAAGCCCCGCGCCCUCCUCCCCGUCCGCCCGCUCCUCCUCCUCUCGAUCCCCUUCCUCUCCCUCCUCCUCCUCUACGGCUACUCCUCCUCGGCCCCUCCCCUCCCCAACGCCCGCGCCUCCCCGCCCAACCCGCACAUCCGCAUGCGCCGCGGCGCCGCCUUCCGCUCCUACGACGACUACCUCCGCCACCAGCUCAACAAGACCCUCGACCCGCGCCUCCGCCGCGUCUGGGCCACCCGCGACUGGCGCCGCAAGGUCGACGCCUUCGCGCGCGCCUUCCGGGCCCUCCAGGCCGAGGGCCUCCUCUCCAACGCCUCCCGCGCGCUCUGCGUCGGCGCGCGCCUCGGCCAGGAGGUCGCCGCGCUCCGCCUCGUCGGCGUGCCCGACGCCGUCGGCAUCGACCUCGCACCGGCGCCGCCGCUCGUCGUCAGGGGCGACUUCCACGCGCAGCCCUUCGGCGACGGCGCCUUCGACUUCGAGUUCUCCAACGUGUUCGACCACGCGCUCUACCCGGACCGCUUCGUCGCCGAGAUCGAGCGCACGCUGCGCCCGGGCGGCGUCGCCGUGCUGCACGUCGCGGUGCACCGCCGCGGGGACAAGUACUCGGCCAACGACCUGCUCGACGUCGACGGCCUGCUCGCGCUCUUCCGGCGGUCGGAGGUGGUCAGGGUCUCCAAGGUCGACGCCUUCGGCCUGGACACCGAGGUCGUCCUCCGCAAGAAGAGGUCACCCUAGCAACACACACCACCAUGCAUCCAAACCCAAUUCUCAAACCACCACACAAUCCCACCUGCAAAGAAACUGAAAUCUUUCUGUGUACGCCGGGUUUUCUGGGUCGAUUUGUUACUGUGGCUAGGUAGUUGAUUCUUUGGUGGGCACGCAUUGCAUACAUCCAUUGUUCUUGUACUUACCUAGUAGCAAUUAUUAUUUAUACUAGACAAGAUAUGAUAAUUCUUCGGAGGAAAAGAAGUUAAAAGGAAAAAAAAAAGCAGUGAUUUAGGUUUUUCAGCUUCCCAUCUUUUCUGGAUCACUUUUGUUCUUGUCUUGUUUUAGUUCUUCUCUUCCUAACUUUCUGAGAAGAACGUUUGAUUGAUUUGGGUGUGGUGCGCGUGACUAGAGACACUGAUGGAGCAGCAUAAUUGUGCCCGUGCAGCGUUAGAAAAUGAUGGUCACAUUUGCACAAGACAGUACUAGAAGCUGUAUUGUUUCUUGUAGUACGUCGGUGUAUUAGUGUACAGUAGGGUAGUACACAUACGUUUGGAACCUUGCUGUAUAACUUAACAUGCUUACAUAACCAUAUAAUGUGCUUAAUUACCACUGUUUUUUAUGAUGUACAUUGCUUAAUUACCACUGUUAGGUCAGGGGAAGAGAGAAGAUCUAAGAGCAGAACAGGACUUGGAAACAUAUGUCAUAUGUGGCACCUCAUGUACAAAUAUUCAGCAUCAGGGAGGGUAAUGCGAUUGAAUCAGUUGUACUGGGAUUGCGGCAAUAAGGGGAAUCUUUUCCUUUUCCUUUUAUGUAGGGUUGCUAAUUCAGGGGAAAGCAUCAGCUUUACCUUUCCUGUCCGCUUUGGGAAGAGAUUGCAGAAGAGAAUCAAAGAUUGACGCCACCCCAUUCUGGCAUUCUCCCAAGGAGGGAGGAAUAUGUCUCUUGCUGUGCAUUAUUAUGCCACUCUCCCGUGGCAGUGGCACCUCUUCCCGGACGUUGUUCCAUGGCAAAUUAAAGCGUACACAAAGCAGAAGGCGCACGCACUAAUUCGUCGUCAGAUCACAAUCAUCUGGUU